CGGGGGUCUGGGCCGGGGGCGGACGCGCGGGCACAACUAGGGCCGGGCCGGUGGUGGUGGCGGCGCUCCUUGGGUCACAGCGCCGGGCAGGCUGCGAGGCGAUGCGGCUGCUGGCGCUGGCGGCGCUGCUGUGGGCGCGGGCUCCGGGCCCGGAGGUCUGCUGGGCUCUCAAUGUCACCGUGUCCCCAGGGCCUGUAGUUGACUACCUAGAGGGGGACAAUGCCACUCUCUGGUGCCACGUGUCCCAGAAGAGGCUCAAGGACAGCCUACUGGCCGUGCGCUGGUUUUUCGUAGGUGCCAACAGCCCAGAGGCCUUGAUGGUAAAGAUGACCAAGCUCCGGGCUGUACAGUACUAUGGGAACUUCAGCCGUAGUGUGCACCGCCGGAGGCUGCGGCUGCUGGAAGAGCAGUGUGGGGAGCUGUACAGGCUCUCAGUGUUGAUGCUGCGGCCAACUGACCAGGGCCAGUAUGUCUGCCGUGUGCAGGAGAUCAGCAAGCACCGGAACAAGUGGACGGCCUGGUCCAAUGGCUCCUCGGCCACGGAGAUGAGAGUGAUCUCCCUCAAAGCUUCAGAAGAUUCAUCAUUUGAGAAAAAAAAAGAGAUCUGGGCCUUUUUUGAAGAUCUGUACAUGUACGCCGUCCUCGUGUGCUGCGUGGGCAUCCUCAGCGUCCUGCUGUUCACCCUCGUCAUCGUCUGCCAGUCUGUGUUGCACAAGAGGAAGUCCAGAGUGAGACAUUAUUUGGUGAAAUGCCCUCAGAACAGCUCAGGGGAGACUGUCACCAGUGUGACCAGCUUGGCCCCACUUCAGCCCAAGAAGGGCAAGAAGCGGAAGGAGAAGGUGGACGUGCCCCCUGCAGUCCCUGCCAAAGCCCCCAUAGCCACCUCGUUCCACAGGCCAAAGCUGCUGAAGCCACAGAGGAAAGUCGCCCUGCCAAAGAUCACUGAGGAGAACUUGACCUAUGCUGAGCUGGAGCUGACCAAGCCCCCCCGGGCUGCGAAGGGCACCCCAACCAACACCGUCUAUGCGCAGAUCCUCUUUGAGGAGAACAAGCUGUAGAUCCCAGGUUCUGCGUCCCCUGCUGCCCAAUUAUUUAUGAAACCUUGGAGAAAAGCCCCUACUGUUGUAUGUUCCUUCAUGCCUUCUGCGUGGCAGGGGCCCCUUCCCAAAGGCAUUCCUGGUGCCUUCGUAGCACAGGGAGGCUGCCCUCCCCAAGGACAGAGGACUCUGAGCCUGGGACCAAGGACUCAGAGUGUACUGGGAACAUUGUCUGCUGAGCCAACCCCACCACAUCUCCUCUUCCUCACCUGGAUUCUAACUUGUUAAAAAUCUUGUUAAAAAAAUCUUAAUUUUAACCUUCCACACUGUCAGUAUCCAUGAUACCAAGCUAUAGGAGAUGAGACAGAAGAUACAGAGGAAUUGGCUUUCGGAGACCCACAUGGCAUCAUCAGGGCACCCCAGGCCCAGCGAGCCAGAGAUGCCAGCAGACACUUUGAUGGCAGCAUCCACUUUGAUGGGGUCCAUUGUUUUGGCAUGCAUUUGAUGGUGUCCAUUGUUGCUAGGAUGCACUGAUCCUAAUGACAUAGGUCAGAAGAACGACAGGUGAUGCCUGGUGUCUCUGAGAACUCUGUACCUAGUGACCCACCACAGUCCUGAAGCCACAGACCAAGGACACCCUUCUGAAGGACUCUCCGUGGAGCAGGCGGCCUUGCCAAAGUGUUUAGUACGCCUUCUCCUUGCCCUGGUUCCCACUUGUAGGAAAGCAAAGCCUUCCUCCGGGUUCCCUCAAGGCAGGAAUAAAGGACACACAUGCCUCACUGGAACCUGUGUCUUGUGGGCACUGCUCUUGCCAAGUGCCUUACCCUCCUCAGCCUCUUCUGUGAACUUGAAUGGGUUUGGAUGGGUAUAGGGCUGUGCAGACCUGCUCCACAAGGACUCGCUGAGCACCAUCUAUUCUGCACCCAGCACUGGUUCUGCUCUGUUCUGUGAGUGUACUCUGGGCGGCUGUGUUCUGCACACUAUAGACAUGGUUUGGCUAUGUAGUGAUCCAUGUGUAUGUGAUAAAUUAUCUAUUUUAAACACAGCUGUGCUGCAAGUUGCACCCCUCUA